AUGAAUACUGCCAGUGAUCAGUCCUGCUCGUCCUCAUCGCCUUCACCAUGCUUUUCUUCUCAAGAUUCUCCAGCUGAGUCUAGCUUCUCUUCCGUUGACUCUUCUCCAGAAAUUCCUUCAAAAGAACAGCACCAACUGUCCAUCCAACCUCAGCAAUCUAUUCAACUUCAAAAAUCUAUUCAACAACAGCAACAGCAACAGCAACAGCAACAACCUAUUCAACAACAGCAUCAACAGCAUCAACAGCAUCAACAGCAUCAACAGCAUGCUCCUCUUCUUAUUCCCUCAAAGUCAAACUUUAUCGAGGCCCUUAUCAACUCUUCAACCCUUGUCAUUGAAGCCAUUUGGUCUUUCUCUACUGAGUCUCAAUGCUAUAUCCAUAGAGCUAUGCCCCUCCAUCGUUUUGUUUAUGAAACUUUGCGUCGUGCUCGCACUUCUUACUCUACUCUUCAACUCACACUUUAUUACCUCAUUCUUAUCAAACCUUACGUCUUUAAAGCUCGCGAACACAAUCGUCGUCAUGGCAUUGACGUGCCUUCCGGAACUAGUCCACAGCUGCGCUGUGGACGCCGCGCAUUUCUGGCAGCUCUUAUGCUUGCAUCCAAGUAUUCGCAGGACCGCAACUAUUCUGCUGCUGCUUGGUCUAAAAUUUCAGGACUCGGGGUAAAGGAGUUACGUGACAAUGAGCUGCUUUUCCUUAAAGCAGUCGAUUGGAACCUCUUUGUUGACUAUUCCGUUUAUGAACGUUGGUCCCAGGUAUUAUUUGAGUGUGCUAGUGAUAACGACGAAAACUCGUUGGAUGGGGUCCGACGCACUGCGUGGGUCGACCGGUUCCGCAAUAUGGACACCAAGGUUUCCCAAACACUGUGGCAACCCCCCACUUCAGUCGAACGUAAGUCUAAAGCUCUUUUCAACAAAAAACGCGGACUUGCUAGUGUUGAUGGAGACUAUGAUGGCGAUGAUGAAGCAGAGCGUGUGAGAAGAUCUACUACAACUUGCACCCAAUGCUCUGCAAAAACCAAACGUGCCAUUAUCUCUACAGCUCCAGUACCUGCUCAGGUUCCGGUAUUGUCAUCUGUUCCAGUCUCAGUUCCAAGUGCCUCAAACCCAAGUGCCUCAAACUCAGUGGAUGCUAAUGGAGCUGUGGUUAUGAAUUCUCACAAAAAUGAUCCUAUUGCUGCUACUAAUAAUAAUACGACUAAUAUUAAUGAGCAAAGUGGUAAAACUUUGCAGAGUCAACAUAGUGGUGUGACUGAGCCUGAGCAUAAGAGGCUGAAAAUCAGACACUUGUUGAAUCCAGAUUUAUCGAUAAGCCAGUUGUACCCUGGACAUGAUCAACUUUCAAGACCCAGUGUUGAUAAUCUAGCUUCUUCUACUGCUGUUGCCUAA